AACAUCCGGGUCUCGCCUCUGUGGCUCCUCAGAAGCUAACAUUAGCUGUCAAGCUGUCAAGUGGAGAGCCUGGGGUAGACAUUACUGCAUCCCCCUGGCUUUGCUGCUCAAAGCUUCGCCUCUCCCCCCUAAAAAGAGAAGAAAUUAGAGUAUUCUUUUGCUCGGCUAUGAUAAUGUAAUGCAUAACGGGAGGACGAAACGAGGGACCUCCGCAUUCACCCAAUUUGUAUGCACUGAGUCGAGUGACGACCGCUCAUUGCUAGCCAACAGGCUAGCCAGCUUAGCUUAGCCACCGCAAAGCCGUGUUUCGUCGUUGUUCACUUUCUGCUGUGAACCACGGACCCUCGGUACCUUUCGCAUAAUUGUGUAUCAGUCAACUGGUGUAUUGGAUAUUGGGUUUAUAAAGGGACACAAUGGGGGCAUUUCUGGACAAACCAAAGAUGGAAAAAUAUAAUUCCCAUGGGGAGGGCAACAACCUAAGGUAUGGGCUGAGCAGCAUGCAGGGUUGGAGGGUUGAGAUGGAGGAUGCACACACAGCAGUAGUUGGUCUUCCUCACGGUCUCGACCCUUGGUCGUUCUUUGCUGUUUAUGAUGGGCAUGCUGGCUCUCAGGUGGCCAAGUACUGCUGUGAGCACCUUCUGGAACACAUCACUAGCAACUCAGACUUCCAGAGUGCUCUACAGGAGGAAAACAGCGUCGAUAGCGUGAGGAAUGGGAUUCGCACUGGAUUCUUGCAGUUUGAUGAACACAUGCGAAGCGUAUCAGAGAAGAAGCAUGGUGUCGACCGCAGUGGCUCAACUGCAGUAGGGGUGAUGAUUUCUCCGAAUUAUAUCUACUUCAUCAAUUGUGGUGACUCACGGGGUCUCCUCAGCAGAGGGGGAGCUGUGCACUUCUUCACACAGGAUCACAAACCCAACAAUCCACUUGAAAAGGAAAGAAUCCAGAAUGCCGGCGGCUCAGUCAUGAUCCAGCGAGUUAACGGCUCUCUAGCUGUGUCUAGAGCUCUAGGAGACUUUGACUACAAGUGUGUGCUUGGCAAAGGCCCAACAGAGCAGCUUGUUUCUCCAGAACCUGAAGUGUACGCAAUAGAAAGAUCUGACGAGCAAGAUGAAUUCAUUAUACUAGCUUGUGAUGGUAUCUGGGACGUCAUGGCCAAUGAGGAACUCUGUGACUUUGUGCGGUCAAGGCUAGAGGUUACAGAUGAUCUUGAAAAAGUCAGCAAUGAAAUUGUUGACACCUGCUUGUACAAGGGAAGCCGUGACAAUAUGAGUGUUGUGUUAAUCUGCUUUCCUGGAGCCCCAAAGGUAUCUCCAGAGGCAGUGCAACAGGAGGCGGAGCUGGACAAAUAUCUUGAGGCCAGAGUAGAAGAGAUACUCAAAAAACAAGGAGGUCCGGUUGCCCCAGAUUUGGUUCAUGUUAUGCGGACGUUAGCUUCUGAGAGUAUCCCCAAUCUUCCUCCUGGAGGAGAACUGGCGAGCAAACGAAGUGUUAUUGAGGCAUUCUACAACAAACUUAACCCAUACCGAAGUGAUGACACUGACUCUGCAUCCACAGACGACAUGUGGUAACACAACCUCCUACCACUAACACAGCAUAGAGUUUACAAACCACCAUCCUCUCAAGACCCACAGCAGCUCAGCUCAGCAGUCUGUCUCUCCGUCUCUCUGAGCUUUUGGUUUCUAAGAAGGGAAUUCAUGGGAGGAGGAGCAGGAGGAGGAGGAGUUGCAUGCACACAAACCUGGAAUAGUGCAGCACCGGUCCACUCUGGAGUUCAGGAUCCCCACUGUCUUGUCUCCCCUUUUUGUUCGCCCUCCUUAAAGUCCCCUCUAAAGUAAAGCAAGUGAGUCUACAAGGUUUGUUUUUGUUAAAUAAUCCGCUUGAAUAUUAUAGUUUUUUUUUGUUGCUGUAAUUAAUUUGAUUCACAUCUCCUUGUGUGUUUGUAUAUUUUUGUUUUUGUGAAGUGCAAUUGUCCUGUACAAACAGCCUGUAUUUAAUGCAGCUUGAUUUUAAGUAAAAAAAAAACAUUAAAAAAUAAGAAAGAAAUGAGAAAAAAAAUAACUUUUAUGCACUAUCUGCCUUUUCCUGCUCUUCUGGAAUUCAAACAAAUGUUUAUUCAGUGAAUAUUACCGCUUGUCCUCCAGGCACAAUGUCUCCGCGCUUUAACCAUUUUAACACUUUGUGGUUUAUUUUCCCUCUCCCAGUUAGUCUAUGCUCUUUUCAGAAACGGGUAAAUUGUAUAGUUGACAGCACAGUAAGCUCUCUACAUCAAAGCAUAAAUCCACAUUUCCCUCCACACCUGAUUGUUUUUAACUAUUUUACUUUGCAUGUGAUUCUCUGAACAUGCGAUGGCAGUUUGACAGGAUGAGGUAGAAAGUCUUGUUCUUGUUUUAUGUUGAGACCCCUUUAAGCAUGGUUGUGCAAAUAUAAUUAUGUGCAUCUGUUUUUGUGUGCGUGCGCACGCACGCACACACACACACACACACACACACACACACACACACACACACACACACACACACACACACACACACACACUAGUGGAAAGGCAGAUCCAGGUGGUUCAAACUGGGUUUAAAAGAACCCUCUCUCCUUUCACCACCUUAACAAAGGUUUUCACUGCUUCUAACCCAAAACGGCUUUAAAUGAUGGUAAACCCAGAUGCUGUUAUUGUGAUGGAACCUUACAUUAAUCUGAGUUGGCACAUAGAGUUGAAUUUACCAGUGGUGUACAGUGGUUUGCAGCUGUUGACCAAUUUCCUCAUAAAUUGUAUCAUAUUUUAAACAAAUUAGAUUUCCUUUUUUUAUGUACAGCUAGACCUCUGUAGGUGCCAUAUGAUCUUUUUUCAACAAAAAAAUCUGCAUUUUCAGCUUUAUUACAGUCUUAAGCCAUUUUGUGUUCUAAGAUCCAUUUGUAAAUGGUACAAAUAUACAGUUUAAGUUCCUACUCAUCAUGUUUUCUUUUAAUCACUGAAUAUUUUAACAGAAUUGACUAACUUUGUAGACACUAUUGGCUCUUAGGCCAUUUUUUCAAGACGAUCGUCUCGAUCCGGACAUUUAGACCAAGAGUAAACCUGCAUUCUCCUGGUUGCGUCGGACCUUUUGAUUCUCUUUAGGGUUGUGUCUACUAAUCUCCCCCCGCCACAUCAUUCUCCACAGCACAGGUUUGCUGCUAUAGUGUGUGAUUUGUGGGUUAACUUUGAUACUAUUCCUCCUGAAAACCUGAUCACUUACUAAAUCUGUAUUUAACAUACAAUUCUUGAAUAGGACAUGUUUUUUCUCCCUUUAUUCUGGUUUACUUUCCUGCCCAUCUUGUAUUGUUAUGGGAACUUGUGUAUGUAAAUAAUUCUGACCCUUUUAAAAAAAAUUUUUUUUUUGAGGAAUAAAUAAGUUUGUUUGAGUUUUAUUUUACUUUAUUUUUGGUUUUUGGUUUGGCCGCGACACAACGCGAUUCUAGUUUGAUUUUUAAUGUUGGGUGUUAGCCCAUCUUUAAUGUAAAACCAUAAUGUACUAAAUUUAUGAUCCUUAUCAAAAGACAAUCCUAGCUGGUUGGUGGCUUGUUUAAAACUAAAGGAGAGACUACCUUUCUUUAAUCUUAAAGCUGCUUUCUGGUGUGCUUGGAUGGCAAAAUGCCAAAGACCCUUUUUGUUUGAGGAAAUAAACACUUUAUCCCACCAUUUAAAAGAAAAAUUGUAAUAUCUAUAUAUUCAGAUUUUGUUGAUCUGUGUUUAAAGGUGCUCUGUGGUGUUUUUGCUUUUAGUUUUGGUUAAAAAAACAUUUUUGAAGCUCCUGAGCACAAAGAUAAACUUGCAGGACAAGUGCUUUAUCAGGAAACUUACUGCAGGGGGCGCUAAUGUGAAUAUCAACAAGUUGUAGCAGGUCAGUGUGGCAGAGGAGGGUUGAAGUACUAUUAGAUGUGAAACAAGGUGAAAAAGGAGAAUGGUGGCAUUUGGAAACGUUGCAUUUGUUUAGUAAAAGUUUGGCCUUUUUGUCUAAGAACUGUUGAAUGUAUAUUUUCUUUUCAGCCGGGACUCCAUAGAGUACCUUUAACCGGUCGUCCCAACAAAACCUAAAAGAUUUUCUGAAGUAAUAUGUGGCUAACCCCCCCCCCCCCCCCCACCCCCCAUUAGAGAAACUAAAUAAAUUAAUAAUCAGACUUCUUAACGGUGAUGUACUCACACCAUGUAUUUGCCAUCUCUGAGCAGAAGUGCUGGUUUAUUUUCUUUGGUAUUAAGUAGCUUUUUAUGUUGCCAUGCAAAGCUCGUAUUUAGGUGCACUAGAUGUCUCCUAUCUAAUGGUUGUCAGAAAUUAGCUCCUUGGUGUAAACCUGGUAGGUAUUAAUGACUGAAAGCGACAUUUCAGACUCCACCUUUGAAACCGAAACUAACGUGUUUUUUUUAAUGUUGGGUGACAUCCAAAAAUUAUACCCAUAGAGUACAUUUUUGGUCAUUUUAAAGAUGUGCUGGUUAGUUGCCCCUAUCCCUAAAAGACUCUUUUACAAAAUAACAGAAAUGAGCUUUUUAUUGUGCAAAAAUGACCUCAUAGGAAUUAUUGUAAACAUUACCUACAUUAUUUGGGUUUUUUUGCAACUAAUUGAAAUUUUUAAAUAUCCUUCGUUUAUAUGAACAUCCUCAUACUCCUGUUUAAAAAUGAACAAAGAAAAAUUCAGAGCAUUUCUUCAUGAACUUAAUAUACCUCAUAUUCUCCAUAGAAAAGUGUUUGUCUUUUUUUUAAGCAGUCAAUUUAUUUCAAGAGUAUAAACUUGUGCUCAUGUAGUGUUAAAUUGUGCUGAAGCUAAUAAAAAGUUAAGGAAGCUACUGCAAAUGACAGUUUGUUUUGUUAUGUAGGAACACUAUCAGCUUGAUCCCAAAAGCUGCCUAAUGAAACCCCUCCAGUGGUGUUUUUACUCGUUUCUCUACAUAUGAGGCACUCUCUUGGCUCUCAUCGUUUGAAAGGAGAAUUCAGGGUUUUAGAAACAGGAAUUGUGUGAGGAAAAAAAACACCAAUCAGCCACAACUUUAAAGCCGCUCGCUUGAUUUUUAUACUAGAGUCUGACUCUGGCAGAGCAUCCUGUGCUGUUUUGAGAUUGAGUCUCUUUUUCAUGAAUCCCAACCGUACCCUGAGCAGUUGAGGGCCAUUGUUGUGCAGCAGGAAGUGCCGUCUUCUGUGGAAGGUGUAUGUGGUCUGCAGUGGUGCUUAUGGGCAUAGACGUGAAAACGUAGAUGCCCCAUUGGGCGCCGGAGGGUGUAACAGCAUCACCGCCAUAAUGGGUGGGUUUCUCACUCUUCAAACCCAACUGAAGUCAGCACAGUGAGGAACUAUGCCUAUUUGUUGGGCAGCCUACGAUUGCAACAACCGGCGUACCAUUGAAAACAGCUCACGUUGGAUUGCUGUUGACUUUUCUAGCCUACCAGUUGGGAUUAAAAUUUAUUUUAUUUUUUUAAAUAAUUUUUAAUUAUCAUGCCAUACCACAUGUCUGGUUUUGUUUAAAAAAAAAAAGCUAAUUUAAAUAUAUGUUUUAGUUGGGUAAACGUCUCCCUCAGUAGAAAUAAGUGCACUGGGGGCGAAUGGGAACCCAUCCAAGAAGGCGGCCCGCUGCUACGCCAGCUCCAAUAGGCAGCGCCAGUCCACUAUAUGAUAUCUGCACAUGGGUCCCAGACUCGCAUCCACAUGAAAAUCAGAACCUGAGUUUUCCCAAAAACAUGCUGCAAGAUGAUUAAUAAUAAUCAUGUUAGUGGAUUUAUUGUCGUAGCUGACUGUUGUGACAAUUGUCAUGUGCACUGAUCAUCUGUCUAAUCAGCUUCUUUUCAAAUUAUUGUAGAAAAAAUAUAAUAAAAAAGCUAUUAACAGAGUUACCUUUGGUUGCCUGGAUUGCAUCAUGUAUAUUCUUGUAUGGAGGACUACUUAGCAGACGUAAGAGAUUUUAAAUGCUUGCGCCCUCAUUGUACACAUCGAUGUACCUCAGUUGUGGCGUUAACUGUGUGACCCUUAGCAGUGGUGGUUAUUCAUCCCCUUGCAGGGUGACCUGAGCCUCACUUUGCUGAUCUUUUUCAGCUCAUAAAUAAGCUCACCGAUUUGCCUUACCCAAUCUCGUGUUGCCCCCUAAUGCCCCUGCCCAACAAAGCGCACCCCCGCAGGUGGAGAUCAGUUUUUAUUUUAUUUUAUUUUUUUAUGGUACUUAAACUAUCAACAGUGAUUUUUGUCCUGGCUGUCACAAGGUUCCCCUCCUCCCCAUGUCACUGUAUCCAAUCCUGGUUUUAACAGCUUGUUUAAUUUCCACUGCAAAUGAUGUCAUACGUUUCAGCAAAUGCAAGUGUUUUAACAUGGUAACCUUGUAAGCAUUCAAGAUGUGCAUACAUACAUCAAUGUUCCUGCUCUAUUUAUGAUUACAUACAAGAAUAGCUUUAGAGUGCAGUAGUUAAGUAUUGUCAAUGUUGAUUCAAAUGCUUCUCAGAGGCCGCUGUGAGUGACUUUACAAAGUUCAAUAACUGUAUAUUUUGUAUUAUGUUCUAGCUCCAAAGGAAUGGCAGAAAAAAUGUAAAAAAAAAAAAGAAAAAAAAGCUUUGUUCCCUGAACUAAAUUGUAUUAUUUGCAUUGUCGAUUGAACAAAUUGCAUUCCUUGCUUGUGAAUAGAUGCAUUUUUCUCCCUGCUUCUAAAAUUUUCUCAUUCUGUCCUUUUUUUUCUUUCUUUUUUUUAGCCAUUGAAGUUUGAAUAAAAUUUCUAGUUUGCAGAAUGUAUUACUAAAUAAAUGGGUUGUCAUCUUGUA